AUGUCAUCUCUAAUCCCUUGGACAUUCACCACCGAUAGUCUUCGGCAGGGCAUCCUACCAUGGGGCAUCGCAUUCGCAGGUUAUCUCGCCUUGGUAAGGUGUUUUCGAUGGAGGAGAUACAACGCGUUGCACCGGAAGUAUAAUGGCAGGGACCCAGCGACACUCACCCCGAUCGAGGCGCAGGAGAUCAUGUUGCUGUCUUUCUUUUAUGAUAUGCCCAACCUCUCGACGUAUUCGUUGUCAUUUGCGCUGUUCAAGACGUACGGAAUUCCCACUAUAUCGGACCUCUUGCGCAAGACGGGAGAGCUCAGCGGGAGCGGUACGGUGUCGAAGCGUUAUGCCGAUACCGAAAUUCUAAUCGGUACCUACAUGAAAUGUCCAGUCGUCUCGGGUUCCCUUGGGACCAGUCGUGAUGAAGCUCAGGCUGGCACCAGCGGUAAACAGGAUGAUCCACGCGGCGCAAUUGCGCUCGCCCGGAUGAACUGGCUGCAUAACAAGUACAACAUCAGCAAUGAAGACUACCUCUAUACGAUGGCCUUAUUCGUCUUGGAGCCACCUAAAUGGGCAGCCCUUUGGGGGUGGCGCGCUCUCUCACCCCUUGAGUGUCAGGCUUUCUUUGUCUUCUGGCGCGACAUUGGUCAUCACAUGGGGUUGACGGAUAUUCCUUCCACGUUGGACGAGCUGAAGGACUGGAGCGAGGCGUAUGAGAAGGAGACCAUGGUUCCAGCUCAAUCUAAUCACGACGUAGCCGUCGCCACUACUGAAGAACUUCUUGACAUGAUCCCGAACAUCUUCGGCCUCAAGAACUUUGGAAGACGUGUGACAUUUUCUCUGUUGGAGGAAAGAGUACGGGUCGCUAUGAUGUUUCCGGAACAGCCUCGCAUCAUCCACGCUUUCGUCUACUUCUCUUUGACCGCAGUAUCCGUCUUCCAACACUACCUCUGCCUCCCACGCAUCAAACCUCGCGUGCUCAUUCCGGACGACGCAGAUGCAGAAUUGCCUAAGGAAGGCUCUCUUCCCCGUAUGCACCCGACCUGGUUUGCUGCUAGACCAUGGUAUAAGCCUGAGCCCAAGGGAAUCUGGAAACUCGUGGAAAAAAUAUCCGUCUCUGUGGGUCUAAUAAAACCCAAUGCGGUUCCAGGUCCGGAGCUGAGGUCUCAAGGGUUCCGGCUGGAAGAGAUUGGCCCUUUGAGAUUUGAGCAGCAUGGUCAUGAAGAAGUCAUGCGUUUGGCGGAGGGGAUUCACGGGUGUCCUAUAUCUGGACCAUGGGCUAUACCGCCACAAUCACAGCACGCUAAGGCUUAAUCAUUGUAGUGAGGGACAAUGUCCCAUUCUUGAUAUACUAUUUCUACCACAAAUCUGUAUCGAUCCCGCUCUGAUAAUUUCGAUGAGAUUUCUC